UAUUGGUCUUGGAAAUUGUAAAAUGUAGAUUGUGGAUUGUGCGACCGUGAGUCCGUAAACAUAAGAACGAAAACUUGCUACUGGCGUUGAAUUUCUCGACAGCCGUAGUGGAGGGAGUUUGAAUUUUUGGAGAAUGGAUGUAGAAAAUUUAAUUAACAUUACAAAGGCAACCGUCAAGCAAUACACAGUGUCAUCCUCUUAGUUCAAAAAUAUAUUACUACUUAAAGUAAUUGGUGUUGCUUUUAAUGCGUUAAUAAAUAUUAUUGUUUACUUAGUGUUGAAGUUUUUAUUACGAUCUUCAAUCAUGGAUCGCAAAUUCAUAAAUGUUAUUCUACUCGGAUUCGGAUUUAUGUUCGUGUUUACUGCAUUCCAGACUAUGGGAAACAUAGAGAAAACAAUUCUGGACAGUAUAACGCAAGAUGAUCCAAAUUUCGUCGGCGAUGGCUACACGUCACUCGCGAUCAUCUACGCCACACUAGCCCUCUGCAAUUGGAUGGCGCCAUCCAUAAUUACCAUCACUGGUCCCAGAGGCGCGAUGAUGAUUGGAGCCGUUACUUAUUUGUUCUUCAUAAUAACGUUCCUGUUCCCGCGAACAUGGCUUCUCUACGUAGCCAGUGUGAUGAUCGGCGCGGGCGCAGCUGCCAUUUGGACUGGACAGGGCAACUAUCUCACAUUGAACAGCGAUGCGGAAACCAUUUCCAGGAACUCAGGAGUCUUUUGGGCUAUGCUGCAAUGCAGUUUAUUCUUCGGCAACCUGUUCGUGUUCAUCAAGUUCCAAGGCAAAACGCACAUAGAUUUGGAGACACGGAACGUUGUGUUCGGUGCGUUGACCGCGGUUUGCGUUGUGGGAAUGGUUUUCCUGAUGAUGCUGAGACCUGCGAGGCGCACGCCCGUCCUUGAUGAUGUAAAGAGCGAGAUUGUCCCAGUACAAGAAGCCGAAGGCCCCAUGGAAGCUUUCAGAGGCGCCCUUAGACUUUUUUGCACCGGAGAUAUGAUUUUGCUGAGCGCUGCGUUCGUUUAUACAGGUGUGGAGUUAUCCUUCUUCAGUGGCGUAUACAGUCCCAGCAUCGGAUUCACGCUCGCGAUGGGAGACAAUGCGAAGCAGCUGGUUGGUCUUUCGGGAGUGUUCAUCGGUUUGGGGGAAGUCCUCGGAGGAGCACUAUUCGGUAUUCUUGGUAGCAAAACGACCCGUUGGGGCCGCGAUCCAGUCGUUAUCAUGGGAUAUCUCAUCCACAUGACCAGCUUCUUCCUAAUUUUCAUCAAUCUCCCCAACGCUGCACCCUUCGGCGACACCAUGGACGUUUCCUACAUCGGGCCAUCUCCUUACCUCGCGAUGUUCUGCAGUUUCCUACUAGGAUUUGGAGACGCUUGUUAUAAUACACAGAUUUACUCUAUUUUGGGUGGAAAGUACGCCGAUAAUAGUACAUCUGCAUUUGCGCUAUUCAAGUUCACUCAGUCAUUAGCCGCAGCGGCAUGCUUCUUCUACUCAUCCCGGGCGCCAUUGUCAGUGCAAUUAGGUGUACUUGCGAUCCUGGGCUCUGCGGGCACAGCUGCCUUUUGCCGCGUGGAAUGGCGGGCACGAGCCAGAGCACGCGCCGCCGCACUAGAGUCAAUCGAUGAUAAAUUAUCACCCGCAACUCAUUCGCUCGCCGAUAACACACUACACUAUGAUUGAGCUAUCUGUAGUUUAUGAUGCCCUGGUUUAUUAGCUGAGGCCUGAGACAUACAAACAAGUAAAUAAAUUAUUUGAGACUCGGUAAGAAAACAUUCCGAACCAGAAGUAGAUUAAUUAUAUACCUGUAGUUCUACUAGAUUCUUCAUAAGCAUUUGGAAAAAAAAAUAUUUAAGUGAAAAAUUAAUAUUGGAUUUUAGUAAUUUGUAGAGUUAUAACAAUGUUUCGCAAUUUCACAAUUGUUACACAAUUUGGAGAAAAAAUAAAAAUAAGGUUUUAGUGUAAGAUUUAGAAGUAAAAAUACUGAAGCAUUUAUAUAAAACCAUGCUUUUAUGUGACAAUUAUGCAUUAAGAUGCUUAGAGCAUUGAGGACAACUUUUUUGGUUAAAAUAGAGAAACAUAGUUGAAUAACUAGUUAUUUCUCAGACGAUAUCUUGCUACGAAUAGCAAGAUCGCCUGUGGAAAUAAAUUGAAUAAUUUUGCAGGUAUAUGUAUUCAAUAAUAAUCGAAUAUUAUGUUAUGAGAAAUCCGAAUAUCGUCAUUAAUAGUCCCAUAUUGGGUAAUUGCGUAAUUGCCAUUUAUGCGUUUCAUUAAAUUUUGUGCAAGUAUGCCUUUGAUUAUAUUACAAUGGGGUUAGAAAAUCCAUACUAUUGUUUCAAUGUAAAACUUUUGUGUUCGGCUCCUAGAAAUCCUUCGGAGAGGGCCCCCAUCCCGGAGACAAAUACAGAAUACUUUUUAACCCGGUUUUAGUAGUAUGUUUCCUAUGUUUGGAUCAACCGCUGAACCUAUCUUAACGUAAUUUAGUAUAGAGAUUGAUUGCAUCCUGGAUAUCGACAAAGAAUACUUUAAAAGCCGAGAAAUUAAAAAAAAAAAAACAUUAUAGAUACAGAUAGAGAAAUAAGAUAAAAUAAUUAUUUAAUUUUAUAAAUUCGACGAAUUUUUAUUAAACUGGUGUUUAGUAUUUUGCACUAAUGAAAAAUAAAAAAAGUAUUUAAAAAAUAUAUUACUAUUGUUCCAAACUGUUUCGAAUUACAGCGUUAUGGAAUUAUUCAGACGAUAUGUAUGGAAACGGAUUUCUAAUUAUGGUCUGCGACCGAUAGGGCCUGAAAUGUGAUUUUUGAACUUAAAAGUUCAAACUUGUUAGUAUUAUCACGAUUAUGACUGGAAGCAGGUGCGGGACACGAGCUGGCAUAACCCUGAUGUAUGUUUUAAAUUCUGUAGUGUUUUGUAUAAAAAAGUCCAGAUUAAUGUUCCUGGAAUUUAUGCUUAAGCUUAUAUUAAGAGCCUGUUUCUUCAACUUGCGAUAAACGUUGGAUAGCUUAAUAAUUUUGUCUUUAUCAUAUGAUCUAGGAACUUUUUCACCAACUUCUAAUAAGUAUUGGAUAGCUUUUUCAUAAUUUUUGUCUUUCUCAUUUGACAUAAAGUUCGAAAGGGACAAAACUUUCGUUUAGGCUAUCCAACACUUACCAGAGGGUUAUGAAGCAGGCCCUCAAUGGAAUUUAAAUAAAAAAUGAACGUUAAUGUUAACAUAGGCCUACGUAAAGAGAUUAUUUAUGUAAACAAAUGAAUUUAUUUCCAUGCAAGGUAGAACACAGAUUCUAAUUGUAAUUUUAUCUCCCGAACGCAUAAAAAGAAAGUUUACAUUAAUUAUAAUUUUUUUUUAGUAGAAAUUUUACCUUUGUUUAGUACAAAUAUAACACUUUAGAAAUAUAAAAUAUGCAUCAGUGGAUAUGUUUCAGAUAAUUUUUAUUAUUAUUUAAGCGUACAGUUUGUUCUAACUUUAGCUUUAGUACAAGAUUUGGCUCGCUCGCAAUCGAGAAGUCGCUUUCGAGAAUGCAUGAAGACUCCAAAACUAGCGUCAUUAGAUCUAUUUCCCUUUGACGAUACAGAGUUUGGUACUCGAAAACGACGCCUCAAUUACAAGCGAGCAAAUCAUGUCUAAGACUACCUGUUGCAUGUGAAAAGAGCCUCGAUUGCACAAAUGUUAUAAAGCACAAGUCAACCGCCAGCACUCUUUUUGCAUGGCGCAAUAUACUUAGGUUAAUUACUAAAUAAUGUCUAACAUUCCAUGUUACUAUGUGCAUUCAAUUAACUACUCAUAAACUACUACUAGAUAUAUAUGUAUAAACAUUUUGGACAAGUAAAGUUUUCAAUGUAAUAGAAAUAGAUAUAAUGUUACUAAUUUCUUAACGUUUGAGCUUUAUAGCAUGCAUUCUUAAAUUGAAUAUGAUUUAAAUAGUGCUGCCUCAAUAAUUGGGGUAUGCUGAAGUUUCAGGCUGGUAGUUUCUGAGAUAAAUGCAUUCAAAAAUACAAACAUUCCAGCUUCAUUAUGUUAGUAUAUAGAUAUAAACAUUACUCAAGGCAACUGUUAACUGACAAGUGUGGUAUUUGUAAAUACUUGUAAUGUUAUAUAAUAUAAUAGAAAAGUUAUUUGUUAUAAAUAUUAUAGUGAUUUAUUUCUUACGUAUAUAUAAAAAUCCGUAAAUCAUGAAUUAGCAAUAUAAUCUAGUCAAAUAUAUAUUUUUGAUUUGCCAAUUUUUUUUUGAACAAUGAAAUUUGUAAUGCAGCUAUUUUUCGUUAAC